AUGAGCAGUGUGAGGUCGCGUUGGUGUCUAGUAGGCAGUGUGUUCGCGGCGCUGGUGGUGGGCGCGCUGGUGGCGGUGCUGGUGCUGCAACCGUGGUCCAGCCCUGACCACCCGCGCUACCCACGGGCCGUCGUCGCUGCCAAUGGCAUUGAGUGCGCUGCUAUAGGCCGGAGCAUAUUGGAAAGAAAUGGUACAGCGGUGGAUGCUGCUAUUGCGACGUUAUUCUGUGAGGGCCUAGGUUGUUCGCAAUGUAUGGGUCUUGGCGGGGGCUUCUUGGCCACCGUCUACGACGCACCUACGGGGAGAGUCCGAGUGCUGAACGCCAGGGAGAGAGCUCCAGCGGCAACGUAUUCAGACAUGUUCGCGAACGCAUCUUCCCAAGUAGGUGGUCGCGCGAUCGCCGUGCCAGGGGGAAUUGAAAGGCUACGGCGCGCUCUACCGAGAAUACGGCCGAUUGCCCUGGAAGGAGCUGGUCAAGCCGGCAGCAGACCUCGCCCGGAACGGACACCGCGUCAGCGAAUAUAUGGGACGCGUACUCAAGUCUUACAGCGAUCGGAUUCUCGCCGAACCGUCUUUCAGCGAAGUAUACAUGAACCCAGCAACCGGGGAGCUCUCGUGAGAGAUAUAGAGAAUUUCGGUGGCAUCAUUACAGAAGACGACUUCAGGAAUUACAGAACAGAAUGGCAGGAGCCAAUCGUCGUGCGCGUAUCACCAGAGCACACUCUGUACUCAGUGCCCCUGCCAGGCUCCGGGUCAGUACUGGCCUUCAUCUUGAAUAUGCUUCGAGAGUGGGUCGGUACGGGAUCAGACGCGCCAGUCGACAGUAACCUUUAUUGGCAUCGUAUUGUGGAGACCUUCAAGUUCGCCUACGCGCGCCGAACCGGCCUGGGAGAUCCUAGCCGCACCAAUCUGCCGUUUAGCAUCGCUGAGUUGGAACGCAAUUUGUCUACGCCUGAGUGGGCAGUAGAGCACAGAGCUAAAGUGGACGACACUCGCACAUUUUCAGAUUGGAGAUACUAUGGUGCAAUGUUUGAAGGUGCCGACGACCACGGCACUGCGCAUAUUAUUGUUGUCGCACCAGAUGGUAGUGCCGUAUCUGCUACAAGUACUAUUAACUAUAUAUGGGGCUCACAGCGCCGUUCAAGAAGCACAGGAAUCAUAUUAAACAAUGAAAUGGAUGACUUCGCUAUUCCCAAUCGGGAAUCAGUAUACGGCAUGCCUCCCUCCCCUGCUAACAUUAUUAGCCCGGGUAAACAACCGCUCAGCUCUAUGGCACCGAGUAUUGUACUACGAAAUAAUGACACGGUGGACUUGAUACUUGGUGGCGCCGGUGGAACGAAGAUCACGACUCAAGUUGCAUUGCUAACAAUGCAUACGCUUCUCGAAGACAGUGAAUUGCCCGAGGUCAUGAAGAGGCCGCGUCUACAUCACCAACUCAUUCCCAUGGAAAUAGAGUAUGAAGAAAAGUUCGACCCAGCAGUGAUUUCUUCUUUACGUGCCCGCGGUCACGUGACCACCAGCCGUGGCCCAACGGCGGGUUUCGCGGCUAUGGUGGCGGCUAUGAGAGAUAGCGGCGACUAUUUUGUACCGCAGACUGAUAGCAGACGAAUAGGCAGUGUGGACGGAUUUUAG